UCCAUUCUGGCAUCACCGAUAUUGAUACAUACAUGACACAUACACACACAUACACAGAGCAGAGAAAAUGGCGGCACUAAUGAAAGCCGUGCAUAUUUCCAAAAAUGUGAAUAACAUAAUGAAACUUUUCACGAAUUUGUCUUUGACACCGAGUGUCAUUACUCCUUCUAAACAUAUAUUUCUUCGCAGCACACCAGCUUUGCAUUGCGCAUUUAUACACAUUACACCGGACUAUCGUGAUUUGAUGGAAUUUUUCGAUCAACCGAAAAAUUGGGGUCAAAACGAAGUGAAGGUUGGUCGAUCUUGGAGAAAGGAUGAAUUAAGAUUGAAGAGUAAUUCAGAUCUUCAUAAACUAUGGUAUGUAUUAUUGAAGGAACGUAACAUGCUUAUGACUAUGGAAGAGGCAUGCAAAAAAGAGAGUGAGAUCUUCCCAAAUCCUGAACGUUUAGACAAAAUUCGAAAUAGUAUGAAUAAUUUGGAAUCAAUUGUUCGUGAAAGAAACAGAGCAUACCACAUGCUCGAAACUGGUGAGACAGGAGAACGUCCUGGAAAACUGGUUUAUAACCGCCUAGGCAUCAGAUUUUAUUAUCGAAUGCGUCAGCAUGUCAUACCAAAAUACAAGAAUCGGAAAUGGCACAAGUGGCACUUGUUUGGUUUUGGUGGAUAUGGAACUCGGCGAUUCUUACGAUUGUACAGAGAGAAACUUUGGAACGAAAAACGUAAAGCAAGAAAUCGUAACAAAAAUCGUGUUGCAAUGUUCAUAAGGAAAUUCCCGAAUCUGGAUCUUGAAGCUGUAAAAGAACAAUUUCCAGAUAUCGAUGUAGAGGCAAUAAAAACUUCCAAAAGAGCAAGAGGCCAUCAUUUAUCUGAAUAAACGCAGUGUUAAUAGAAUAACGACGAAGUAUUAAACACACAUACACAUAAACAUUGUUAUAUUUACAAAUAUAAAAUAUUCACAUAUAUAAAUAUUAUUGGUAAAUUUAUAUUUAUGACAUCUUUUUUUAAAUAUCUUUAUUAAGAAAUUUAUAUUUCAAAUCAUAUAAUUCUAAAUGAAUUAUAUGUAUUGCUUAAUUACAAACAUGAUACAGUUUGCAUCAUAAAGAGGGAUAUCUUGUUAAAAAUAAUGUUAUCUGACACAAUUAUUAGAACUAUGCAAUAUUGUAAAAUCAAAUUAUUGUAUUAUCAACCUCUUAAAUUGUGUAUAACACAAUACAUAUAUAAAGUAUUGAGUAAUUAAAAUUUGAAAUGUAUAAAAACGACUAAGAAAACAUUCAUUGUUAUUGUUAUUGUAACCUAUAAAAUUAUGAAUUUGAGAGAGAUAUGCUUUAUUCUCUCUUUUUCCCCCUUUUAAGAGAGAUAGUACACAUUUUUAAAUAGUAAAAAAGGGAUUAAAUAAAAAUUGUUUAUAUGACAUCAAAUUCUUUUUAUAUAUUUUAAUUAAUUUUCUAUUUAUCAUAAUUUCUAGAUUGUGUACAAUGGUACAGAAUUAUUAUGUAUGAAAGGUAUGCAGACAUAACAUUUAAAACAUGCUGGCUGUAAUAUGUAAAAAAUUUAAUUCUGCAUACUUUUCAUACAAUAAGAACUAAUAUACAAAACCGAUUUUAUUUUUGCAUAGUAAAUGCUUUAACUUAAUAAAUCUCACGAACUUAAUAAUAUAUAGCAGAUAUUUAUUACUUUACGACAUAUCACAAUCAGUGCUGCAUGAAAUAAUGCAUAAGGUAAAUAUUUAUUGACAAGAAUAUAUAGAAUGCAUCUAUUCAUGUAGCUUUGGUAACAUAAGAUUAUAACUUAAAAAUUUUGUAACAUAUAUCGUACCCCUGUAUAUUAAUAUAUAUCACAAAUAAAAAUUAAUUUCCAUA